AUGGCAGUAGAUAAUGAUAACAGCAAUGAAAAUAAUUUGAUGGGUGCCUCUUCGUCAAAAGAAUCUGACAAUGAAAGGGACCUUGAUAAUUUUACUGACUUUAAGGAUUCUGGAAGUGAAUAUGAUCCCAGCACUGCUAUUGCUGAAAGUACAGGUUCUAGUUCAGACAGCAUUUUGGAGCAAAUUGAAGAUGAAAAUUUAGAGCAAACACAAAGAACAGAAAGGAAGGGCAGGUCUAAAAAAGGAAGAAAUGAGAAAUAUCCUGGACAGACGUUUAGCAACAGGAAAAAAUUAAAAGAUUCAAAUAAGAAACACUACAGUAUUAAAGGAAAACUAAUCAAACCUAAGAUUUUUAUAGACUUUUUGUCCAAUUCUACACUAAAAUGUAACGAAAGUAUAUCGCAAGAAAACCGAAAAUAGGUUUUUGAAAACUUUUGGGAUUUAGCCAGUUACAAUGCCCAAACAGCCUACAUAGCAGCCACAGUUAGACAGCAAGGCAAAAAAAUAAAACGAAACAAACAGAGCACUAGAAGGCAAUAUACAAGAGUUUAUGAAAUCAGUAACAUUAAAGUCUGCAGAGACAUGUAUAUUAAAACUCUACAUAGUUCACCAAAAAGGGUUAACACAGCUUUAAAAAAAAUAAGAACAGGUUCAGUUAGAGAUGAAAGAGGUUUUAUGCAAGGGGGACAUAAUAAAUUAAGUGAAGAAACAAAAAAUAAAGUAAUACAUCAGAUAUCCAAGUUUCCGACAUAUAUUUCUCAUUACACAAGAAAUGAGAGUGACGCAAAAUAUUUGGCACCUGCUCUUACACUGAGAAAAAUGUAUUAUUUAUACACAGAAGACGAACUAAAUCAUAAACUGGGAUUCUCCUCGUACAAAACAAUAUUCUAUGA